UAGGGAAGGCGCGGGCCGGAAGUCCCGCCCGCCGAGCCGCGGCUGUUGUUGUUGUGACCGGGAGCGCGGCAGCCCCAGGCCCGGCCGCCGCCACCCGCCCCGCCCCGGGCCUCCUGCUCUGCCCCGCGCCCCGCCGGCCCGCACCAUGAAGUGGAUGUUCAAGGAGGACCACGCUCUGGAGCACAGAUGUGUCGAGUCGGCAAAAAUUCGAGCCAAAUACCCUGACCGUGUCCCGGUCAUAGUGGAGAAGGUCUCAGGAUCUCAGAUUGUUGAUAUUGACAAGAGGAAGUACUUAGUUCCAUCUGACAUCACCGUGGCCCAGUUCAUGUGGAUCAUCAGGAAGAGGAUUCAGCUGCCAUCUGAGAAAGCAAUAUUCCUCUUUGUAGACAAGACUGUCCCACAAUCCAGCUUAACUAUGGGACAACUUUAUGAGAAGGAAAAGGAUGAGGAUGGAUUCUUGUACGUUGCCUACAGUGGAGAGAACACGUUUGGUUUCUGAAUGGUGGGUCUUGGCUACUGUACUAUCCUGCUGUGUAUCUUGUAAAUAGCUGAUCAUUUUCUGUUCUGACAUCCACAGAAGUUCCUUCUAUAUACAUGCAUUUGUAACUGGAUUUAUUUCUUAAUAUAUUGAUAGGUCUUGUUUUAUUAGACUGCUAAAUUAUAAAAAAAAGUUCUGUUGGUUUUGUGCAUUUUUUUUUUUCUCAUGGCUGUGACUUCCCAGAGCCUCACUCCUUUGGGGAAUACGUUCAAUGACAUAAUAAAGUGAUGUAGUUGGGCUACUGAGACAUGAAAAGAAGAAUACACAUUUAUUCUGUUUUGAAGUGUUAGUUUAAAAAAAUAAAAGCAUUAAAUUAGUAUUGGCAACACUGGUAGCUUAUCCUAGGCAGGAGCAAGAUGCUGGUCAUGUUGGAUUGAACUAAUAUGUUCCUCUUUCUCAAUUAACAAACAAGUACAAUAAAAAUUCCUGUCACAAAAA